AUGUCGAUACUGUGGAGAAUUGCAUGGGAGGUUAUGCGUCAACGCCUUCGUGAGAUAACAAAGGCUCCCGUCGAGUUGAAGAUUGCCACGCUUCUGCUGCUGGCCUAA